GUCAUCUUUUUUCUUGCUGCCCAUUUAUUGCACUUCUCUUUUGCUUUCCGUUCCUCUUCACUAAAUGCUCUUUGCCUCCCCUUUUCUUUAAUCUUCCUUGCUUUUCGUCACUGUAUUUGCAGGUUUCUCUCACCGUCCUGCAACUAGGGUUUUCCCUUUGAACUCUCACAUCUGUCAAUAAAUUAAGCUUACCAAGUUUCUCAUCUUUCAACAGCUGACUGGAUAGUCUUUUUCAUUGGCAAAAUCAAAGUCUCUGGAUCUUGAAAGAGUCUACACGAGAGGGGUAAAAAGGUAGUAUUCCUUUUUACCUGAUAAAAGAAACCUAGUCAAGAAAAGUAUAAUAGAUGGCUUCUUCAAGCUAUUCCAAUUCUCCUUGUGCUGCUUGCAAGUUCCUACGCAGAAAAUGCAUGCCAGAUUGCAUCUUUGCACCAUACUUCCCACCUGAAGAGCCUCAGAAGUUUGCCAAUGUUCACAAGAUAUUUGGUGCAAGCAAUGUCAGUAAGCUCCUCAAUGAGGUCCUUCCUCAUCAGAGAGAAGAUGCUGUCAACUCUCUUGCCUACGAAGCUGAGGCACGGAUGAAAGAUCCAGUCUAUGGCUGUGUUGGUGCUAUUUCAGUCCUCCAGAGGCAAGUUAUUAGACUCCAAAAGGAAUUAGAUGCUACAAAUGCUGAUUUGAUCCGAUAUGCCUGCAAUGAAAUGCCAGCACCAAACCCCCAAUUUGGAAGAAGAAUGGGUCAUGGAGGGGUUUCUUAUGAUCAAAAUUCUGGUAUAUAUUAUCCUUCUCCAUGGAAUCAUGACACUUGUGGUGAGAGAGGAGAUGGUAGCGUUUAAGCUUUCCAAGCCUGUAUAAAAUCGGGAUUAUAUGUGCUAUAUUAUUAGCAUGGAGAAUACCUAUUUAGGGUUUCUUAUGCACAUGAAUCCUGCAUUAUCAUGGUGAAGUAUGAUUUGUUACCUUGUAGAGAGAUCUUUCUAUAUAUAUAUAUAACAUGUGAGACUGUACUUU